CGCGGGGGCGGGCCUUCGGUGUGGGGCGGGGCCUGCGGGGAGGCGGAGGGCGGGGCUUCGCGGGCCGCGGAGCGGGGCUGAGUGGGCUGCGGGGAUGCGGGGCACGAGCUGCGUGGGCGGCGGCGGUGAGAGCCCCGGCGGCUCGGCGCUGAGCGAGGGCCCGCGGGGCCGCUGGCUGCGCCUGGCCCCGGUCUGCGCCUACUUCCUCUGCGUGUCGUUGGCCGCCGUGCUGCUCGCCGUCUACUACGGCCUCAUCUGGGUACCCACGCGGCCCCCCGCCGGCCCCGCCGCCCCGCCGCCCAGCGCCCGGUCCCCGUGCGCCGCCCGCCCGGGCGUGCAUCCCGCCCCGGCGUCCGCCGCUGCCUCGGUCACCUGCCUCCUGGGAGCCCCCGGCGGGCCGCGACCCCAGCUCGAGCUGCCGCGGAGCCGCCGCCGCCGCCACAGCGACCCCAGACACCGCCCGAGCCGCCCAACGCCCGGAGAUACGCUGGAGGCCGCGGGGAUGCGAGGACACGGGUGACCCUCUCUCCCUCCCGGACCGUCGGCCUUCGAGAGCCGGGCGCCCGCCGCGGAUGCGCCUUUCCCGGAUGGGCCCGGGCUCCCUCCCGCUGACAUCGCUCAGCGGCUCCGGAGUCGUCAUCGUGAAGAAUGGGGGCGGUGGGGCCGGGGGUCGGGCUCGGGCUCAGCCCCUCGCCGCUCCUCCGCCGCCGGGCUGGGUCCUCCACCGUCUGGCAGGCCUCAUCCCGACUUGUGCUCCCUGACCCUCUUCCUGUAGGAUUCUGAGCACAGGAUCUUGUCCCUGAAUCUCCGCGUCCAUUUGUCUGUCUGCAAUAAACUCCGUCCCCAACUGCUU